AUGUUGCUCGAACGGUCGCUUGUCAAAACACAUAUGAUUACGGCUGGAGUUACUGUUGUAGUUGGCGUGUUUGUGAUCGGUGUUGUUGUACAUGACGUGGAUGGGUUCGGUGUUGUUUUAGACGUUGUGGUUGCUGUAGACGUUGUUGAUGAUGUCGUAGUUGUUACUGACGUGUUUUAUGAUAUUGUAUUUGUUGUGGUCGUGGUUAAUGAUAUCUCGGUUACUGUAACUAAGUUUGUCGAAGUCGUGGCUGACGAGGAUGUGGGGCCGAUGUUGUUGUGGCUGUGGAAGUGUAUGGGCGAUGUCUUGUCAGUUGUAGACGUGACCGGUGCCACAGUAAUUGUUGAGGACGUGUUUGACGGCGUCGCGGUUGUUGUACAUGCUGUCACUGUAUCAACAACAGGUGUUGUAGCUGGCGUUGAUAUGCUUGCCGAAGCUUCAGUUAGACUGGACACAAAGCUGCUGUUUCUUCCGUGGAAAAUAGUUGGCGAAAACUUACUUGCAGCAAAAACUGGAGAUGUUGUAGUGGUUGUUGUGGACGUGGUUGUUGUUGAUGUGGUCGAUGUUGCUGGGGUUGUGGGCAUGUCUGACGAGGUCGUGCUUGUUGCAGACGUGUCUAGCGGUCCUGAACUAGGGGAGGACGUGGUUGACGGUGCUGUGGUUGUUGCGUAUGUUGUCGUUGUAAGCAUUUCAGCGGUUGUUGUAGCCGGUGUUGACAUGCUUGCUAAAAUCUCAGUUAGGAUUAAGUUAGAACACAGAUUCCACCGACUGCAGUAUCGUUUGGAUUAA